GACGAGGGGGCUGAGGGUCAGUGUGGGCAUUUGUCGCGCCCCUUUUCGACCUUUGUUGGUCAGAGCUUGGUGAGGGGCCGGACAAUGAGCCUCCUUUUCCUUGAAACAAGGAAUUUUGAUGGAGACAAUAGGGCCCUGUCUGCUCUGGCAUCGGGAGUGGAGACUGACUCAACUCUGGCCCCUAAGGCCUAACAAAUGUCGUCAAGAGAUGAGGACAAUUUUCUCCCUCCAUGCCCUGGGCUGCCCCAUUACCCUCUAGGACAACUUGCCCUCCAUGCUUCUGUCAGCUGAUCUUGUUGCUUCUGAGACCUGAACCGCUUUGUUCCCUAGCUGCGCUGUCUCUCUGUGCCCCUAACUCUCUGCCAGAUAGCUGGCUUGAAGGUGUGUGUGUUAGGGAGCUGCUGUUAGGGCCAGCAGCUUCUGUUGUCUUUGAGAAGCCUGAAGUAGUGGGCUCAUAGGCUUGGAAAGAUAUUUCUAGGGACCCUUUUGUUGUGGUGGGAGUGACAGCAGUGGGACCUGACCCCACUGACUUGACCAGGCUGGAGCUAAGAAGGAGGCUUGUGGAAAAAGGCAGCAAUGGGAGGACCCUGUCUGGCCCAGCCCCUCCUCUGGUUCCCGGCCCGAGAGGCCCACCCACCAGCCCAAGUUACUGCUGCUGAGACUGUUCUGUCUGCCUGAAGUCUCCCAGGAGAGAGGGGAAGCCAGCCCAUCAAAAUCCAAACUGAAAGAGAAACCAUGGGGUCAGGGGUUGAGCUGCACAUUCUCUUAAGCCAACUCUUCUUCCUCCUGCUGAUGUCGGCUGAGGGGGCCAAGAGGAGUGGAACCCUCAAAGAGAGCCAGGGGGUCUGCUCUAAGCAGACACUGCUAGUCCCCCUCCGCUACAACGAAUCCUACAGCCAACCAGUGUACAAGCCCUACCUGACGCUGUGCUCCGGGAGGCAGGUCUGCAGCACCUACAGGACCACCUACCGCGUGGCAUGGCGGGAGGUGAGGCGCGAGGUGCUCCAAACUCAUAGCACGUGCUGCCAGGGCUGGAAGAAGCGGCACCCCGGGGCGCUCACCUGUGAAGCCAUCUGCACCAAGCCCUGCCAGAACCGAGGCCGCUGCGUCCGGCCGGACCAGUGCGAGUGCGCCCCCGGCUGGGGGGGGAAGCACUGUCACGUGGACGUGGACGAGUGUAGGGCUGGCGUCUCCCUCUGCUCGCACCGCUGUCACAACACAGCGGGCAGCUUCACCUGCAGCUGCCCUGGCGGUCUGCUGCUGGGCCCCGACGGGCGCACUUGCACCGAGGGGCCCCCGGAAGCCCCAACCAGUGCCAGUAUCCUCAGCGUGGCCGUUCGGGAGGCCGAACCCGAAGGGCGCGCCCUGAAGCGUGAAAUUCGCGAGCUGCGAGGGCGCCUGGAGCGGUUGGAGCAGUGGGCCAGUCAGGCCGGGGCUUGGGUGCGGGCGGUGCUGCCCAUGCCGCCUGAGGAGCUGCAGCCAGAACAGGUGGCCGAGCUGUGGGGCCGAGGCGACAGAAUCGACUCUCUCAGCGACCAGGUGCUGCUGCUGGAGGAGAGGCUGGGCACCUGCUCCUGUGAAGACAACAGCCUGGGCGGGAGCCUCAAUCAACGUUAAAGAGCCUCUGCAGCAACCCUGCCCCCCUAAUUUAUACGGAAACUGAACCCCACUAA